ACCAUCUUUUUGUCCUCUUUUUUUUUUUUUGGGUAAGGCUUUUUGUCCUCCUUUCUUUAUAUACUUGGAGCCAAAGCUCCAGAAUUCACAAGGAAACAACAAUAUUCGAUCUGGGUCGUUCUCUGUAUCUGUAAAUUUUUUGUGGGUUUGACUGGAAUCGUCAUCUUUUGAUUGUUCUUGUGAUUUCAGAGCUCGAUUGGACCUUUUCAUUUCUGGGACUACCUUCUUUUAAUUGAACUGUUUUCUUGAUAGUUUCUUUCGCAUAAUUUCAGAUUUCCUGGGGAACAAAAUUCAAGAAAUUUGAGCUCUUUCACAUAUACUCGUAGUGCUAGUUUUACUUGGGUGUUUAAUUAAGUAAGUUGAGGAUGACCAUCGGAAGCCUCAAGCCACCGAAACAUAAGAAGGUACGAAAGAGCGACCGACUUGAUGAGAAAGUGCCUCUCUUGCCUACUAAGCAAGAGGAACAUGGUGGCUGUGAAGAGUUUGAUGGGGCUUCCUUCACUGGGGCAGUGUUUAAUUUGUCGACCACAAUUGUUGGUGCUGGAAUCAUGGCCUUGCCUGCAACUAUGAAAGCAUUGGGUCUUGUUCUUGGGAUUGCAAUGAUCAUCUUCAUGGCUUUCCUUGCAGAAGCUUCAAUUGAGCUACUGCUUAGAUUUAGUAGGGCUGCAAAAGCAACUUCUUAUGGUGGUGUCAUGGGAGAAGCCUUUGGAAAGUGUGGGAAGAUUUGUCUGCAAAUAUGUAUUUUGGUCAACAACAUUGGUGUACUUAUUGUGUAUAUGAUCAUUAUAGGUGAUGUGCUUUCUGGAACGACAUCAAGUGGAAUUCACCAUGCUGGUGUUUUAGAAGGCUGGUUUGGAGUCCACUGGUGGAAUGGACGUGGCUUUGUUCUUUUAGUCACAACCCUUGUUGUAUUUGCUCCAUUGGCAUGCUUGAAGCGUAUAGAUUCGUUAAAAAUCACAUCUGGCAUAUCAGUUGGGCUGGCGGUUGUGUUCCUUGUUAUUACCGUGGGAAUCACCCUUAUCAAGUUGAUAAAUGGAAGCAUUUCGAUGCCCAGAUUGCUUCCUAAUGUUACUGAUUUGACAUCAUUCUUGAACCUCUUCACUGUAGUCCCUGUUCUUGUCACUGCAUACAUCUGCCAUUACAACGUUCACUCAAUAGACAAUGAACUUGAAGACAAUACCCAGAUCAAAGGGGUUGUGCGAUCCUCACUUGCUCUAUGCGCAACUGUGUAUGUAAUGAUAAGCCUAUUUGGGUUUCUCCUAUUUGGUGAUGCAACUCUUGAUGACGUGCUUGCCAACUUUGAUGCCAACCUUGGCAUUCCAUAUGGCUCUCUCCUUAAUGAUGUUGUUCGCGUUAGCUAUGUGGGCCACCUCAUGCUUGUGUUUCCCAUUGUCUUCUAUCCAUUACGGUUAAACCUGGAUGGCCUUCUCUUUCCCUCUGCUAUGCCUUUGGUAUUAGACAACUUGAGAUUUGCAUUGAUCACCAUUGGGCUUGUUACUCUAAUCUUUUUUGGUGCAAAUUUCAUACCCAGCAUUUGGGUUGCUUUCCAAUUCACGGGAGCAACUGCUGCAGUUUGCAUUGGCUUCAUCUUUCCUGCUGCCAUUACUGUCAGGGAUCGUCACGGCAUAGCAACGAACAAGGACAAGAUCUUAUGCAUCAUCAUGAUUGUCCUUGCGCUGUUCUCGAACCUGGUGGCUAUAUACAGUGAUGCGUAUGCCUUGUUCAAGAAUGUAUCACCACGCGAAUAAACUCCCGUGUUGGCAGCAAUCUAAGGCGUGGUCCGUGUUGCAUCUCUUCCUGCGGAAACGCCAAGAACACGGGAUGCUUUGGAAUUGAGAUUAGGAGAAGUCUGAUGGGGGGUUGAGUUUGAAUAAGACGAAAGCAGCUGCUAGAUUUUGCAGUUGGGUUGCUUCGGUAGAAGUGUAGCCGGGUGUUUAUAUCUGUUGUAGACUAUAUAUAGAUAGAUAUCGCUCUUCGAGUAUUAAAUUGUAUUGUAUAGUUUGUGAAAUUUAAUGAUGAUUUGUGGACUGGAAUUAUGAAGAUAUACAAGCGUAUAUCGAAGGGUAUCAUUUGAUUUCCUUAUCUGCAA